GGCGACCUUCACGCACAAGGCAGACAGUCAUCUCCGCUCCCUGCAGCAUCUCGCGUCCCAGCUGGAAGCGGCCAAACACUGCGCAUCCUCUUCGGAGGAGCUCUCGCUGCUCUUGGCCAAGGCCGCGCAGGUGUGGGAGGAGGCUUUUCGUACACAAGAGGUCCUCCGGCAGGUGCAGAAUGCAGCCCGUGUCCUGCCCUUCAAGGACGUCAUGGACGUAUUCAGCAAGGGCUCUCCCCUCACACAGCAGUUCCUAGCCGCCCUGUCGCAACUUACGGACAGCCAGCGCCAGCACCUCUUCGGGAAGUUCGCCUCAGCCGCCGCUCCCGCGGCGGCUUACCCGCCGCCCCCGCCUCUUCCACUCCCGCCGGCCCCAGCACAGCCCCGUGCCCCACGCGACAACGGCUGCUUCUACUGCAAGAGGCCCGGACACAGCUACCGCGGCUGCCGAGAGUUGCGGUCGCUGGAACCUGGGGCCCAAACGGCAGCAUUCGCAGAAUGCGCCAAGCAGGAGCAGGCAGCCCGCCGGCCGGCUUAGGACGCGGCAGCGUCAGCUGGGGGCGAGGUCGCCCCGGCGCCAACGGCGCCCCCCCUCCAUCCAGCCGCCGGCAGUACGGCCGGCGGUGGGGCAGCUGACGCAAAUACGGCAGGGAUGGAGACACCAGAAGUUUUGUGGAUGCCUGACUCGGCGGCGGAAACGCCGUCGGCCGGCCGCUGGUUCGGCCCAGGGGGCGUGAAGCUUAAUACGGCCGCGUGGCAGCGUCACGGCAUCGACACGCCUGCGUCCCGUAACGAAGCCAGCUGGACCUUCCACACCACGCCGCCAACCUCGCACCACUUGCGCAACUACCCAUCCGUGCGCGAACACAGCGAAUGGUACGCCAGCCACAUUGACGAGUUACUGCGCCAGGGCCUG